GGCUAGGGUCUUCAUAUGACUUUGAAUGUCUCCUUAAAUAAAAGCUAAUAAAUAAGCAACAGAAGCAAUCAGGGACGAGCUUCCGUCAGUGAACCACAUGUUUACUGCGAGUCUGGGGACAAGCCACCCUAUUACCCAUAAUGCUUCGAAAAGAAUACUCACGUGCUUGAGUUGAAAACGAGGCUGAUUUCACCCCGCCAUCUUGAAUUUCAAUUCGACCUUACCUUCCGUUGAAAUAAUGUGUUAGUUUUUCCCUUUCUUUACCUUACCUGUACGAAAUUUUGUCGCCCUCAUGGACUCUGGAGAGGAAGCUAUUUGUGAGGAGUAUGAAUCGUCCCUCGAAGACUUAACAUUUAAUUCUAAACCACUCAUAAAUGUACUCACAAUGUUGGCGGAGGAAAACAGUCAGUUUGCUAAAAGUAUCACAAAGCUUAUUGCAAAUCGUAUCUACCAGGUUCCACAGCAAUCCAAACUGCCAUCCCUUUACCUGCUGGACUCCAUUGUUAAGAAUGUUGGGGGAGAGUACCUACAUCUUGUUGCACAAAUCAUGGAAAAGACGUUCACUUGUGUAUUUGAAAAGGCUGAUGAUAAGACUCGUCGUGAUCUGUUCAAGUUACGGAGCACCUGGUCACAGUAUUUUCCAGCAAAAAUCUUGCAUGAUUUGGAUGUUGCUGUGAACAAGCAUGACCCCGGCUGGCCCAUUUCUCCUGCUCCUCCACCAAGCCCUUCCAUUCACAUCAACCCCAAGUUUCUGAAAAAGGCAGAAAACACUGGGACAGUGGCCUCAUUAACGGCAGGGAUAUCAACACCUCAAGAGCACAAGGUAGUGGAGGAUCACCAACAACGUCUGCUUGAGCUUGAGCGAUUACAGCAGGAGCAGCUGAAGCUGACUGAACUGGAGAUCCAGGAGCAUCAAAUGAAGAGGGAUCUUUUGCUCAAGAAACAGCAGCAAGAACGACGACUCCUUCUUCAGCAGCAACAGCAGCAUAUACUUCACUUGCGACUGAAGCCAGAAGAUGAAGACUCUCCACUGUCUAAUGGGCCUUCCAGCUCACCAGGUCGUGUGCCGGUGUCAACCAAAGCAGAGUCUACUGAGAGUGUUCAGGCAACAUCUAACAGUCGAGAUCCACGUCUUCGUCAGCAAGGAUCCGAUCAUAUCCAAGAACCUCUGGAAAUAAGGAAACCUGUUAUAGCCCAAGAAAGGAAGCUGAUUGAUGCCCAAGGAAGUCUACCUGUAAGUGCUACUCAUGGGUGCAUUCCGUCUGCCAUGCCAGAAAUCCAGUUAAAGCAGACAUCAGGCAGACCACCAGAUCAUCUUAUUGAUCCUUCACAACCUGACUUGGAAGCUCCCCAAACCCAAGAGAUCAGAAGUCUUCAACACAUGACUCAGGUGCAGAAUCCUGUAGAAAGUGUCAGUAGGACUCAUCUAGAUAGGGAAGUCACAGGCAGCCCAAAGUAUGGUGAUUUGCAAAGACCAUCAAAACCUAAACAUAACCAUAAAAGACGAAAUUCUGGUGACUGGCCUAGUCUGUCACCAAAUCACGAGGACAGACCAGAUGAAGCUCCAAAGACACAAGUUUUGAGAGGAAGAGGACGGAGAGGUAGACGAAGAUCUGCAGAAAAGCAACGAGAGAGAGGAAAGGGUGAGAGGGGCAGAGGUCGUGCCCGUGAACCAAUGAAAAGAAGCAGAGAUAACAACAAUGAACAAUUUCAAAGUGCUGAAUUCCAAAAUGAUCAAAGAUUUGGAAGAAGGCCUGAACAAAGGGACCCCAGACAUCCAGUUAUCAUUGAUAGACAAGUUGAAGAUAUUCCUCUUUUUAGGGAUGAUUGGAACAGUGAUAAAAAAAAAAGAAUUGAAAAUUUUGUGCCACGUGAUGAGCAUCUGUUAAAUCCAGACAAAUGGCAGCGGGAAUCCUCAGAAUUUGUUCGAGGGAUUGAUCAAUCUAGGCUGGGAAUGGCUGUACCAGAGAGGCCACCCCCUAGAGAAAGACCACUGGCUAGAGACUUCAGAAGUGACGAAACUCCAAUGCAUGUCCGUGAUGAAUUUGUAAGGGCAGGAAGCCCAGGAAUGCAUGAAAAUAGAUCAAGGGGAAGUGGACCUGAGAGGAGAAGAGUUGAAAAAGCAGAACAAUUUGAACCAUGUCUUACUGGGCCAGAAAUGCGGCCAGAUCCAGACUUCCGAUUAAGAGAAGAAACACAAAGUAGGGUUCGUAACCAUCCUCCAAGUUCUUUUCAUGAUGAUCCUAGGGACCAACCUGUUGGGGAACCUUUGCCAAAGAAACCAAGACCUUUGCUCACUGAUGUUGAGAUUAGUGAACUGCGGAACAGAAAGGGUGCAUCUCCCAAUACCGGAAGAAUGACACCACCACAGAUUCUCCAAGAAGGCUUUGUUGACCACCCUUUUGACCGACCGAUGAGGGAACCCAUAGAUGUCCCUCCUCAUCUUCUCCAUAGUGAUCACCCAUUUGCCCGUGAUCAUGGCUUCCACCAGAACCUUGGUCCCCCAGGUCCUGGUAUGCCAGGGGAAUUUAGACCUCAUACUCCUCCCAUGCAGCAAGGCCCUGGAGAGUGGACUCCUGAUUUUGAAAUCCCACGCGAGCUCAUGUUAGAUCGCCAGAGUGAGAUCAUGAUACAGGCUGAAAGACGUCUUCAAGCAGGUGACCUGACUGCGGAGCAACAUCAUGAUUUGGUAGAUAAACUUCAACAAUUGUAUGCACUUCAGCGGAAUCCUGAACCAAUGAGGCUACCUCCACAGGAGGCCAGGAUUCUGCCACAUCUGCAGCAUCAGCCUAGACACAAGAUGCCAUCCAGGAUGGAGGAACCUCCAUUCAGACCAGGGGGACCAAUAGACAUGCAAGGACCUCCUACAGAUGUGGGCCCUGGGAGACCAAUGCUGCCAAGGUUUGAUGAUCCUUCAGAGCACCCUAGAAUUCCACGCAGAGGUGCUAUGGAACCUAUAGGUCCCAUGAAGAGGAAUGAUGGCCCCAGAUUCAUGACCAAUGAACCUGAAAUGAGAAGACUUAAUGAGGACUUCAGAGGGCCACUGAUGGAACAUGAUCUUAACUCACAUGGUAGAGCUAUGCCAAUGGGAGCCCCUCCUAUGAUAGCUGAUAGGCCAUUUGAGGGCAAUCCAAGGCUGGAAGGUGGUCCAAAUCCUGGUUUUGUGCAUGGAAGACCUCAGGAGGAGAUUCCAAGACACCCUUCCAGUCGUGAACCUGGUUCAGGAUCAGUCGUUACACCAAGUACACCACCAAGACAGGACAAAGGUCCAGAAGCCCCUCACACACCAAACACCAUGAUGGAAAAGAAAGCUGUAGAUGAUCUCUUCCGCAAGCUGAUGCAAGUGGGGAUCAUUAAGGUGACCCCUGAACCUGGCAAUGCGUCUCCACGACAUGUACCUUCACAAGGACCCCCUCAGCCUGAGAUUCAAAAGCCCCAACCUCUUCCUGCCGGGCCUGUUUCUAUACCAGGUCUUGCUCUAUCAGCCGCGGCAGUCCCCCAGAAAGAACUCCCAAAAGAAGAAAAACCAAUCCCCUUGAUAAAACUUGUUCCAGAGGAACUGAAAAGGCGUCACGAUGGUGUGAUUAGCAGUCUGUAUGAUGGAACGCAGUGUUCAUCCUGUGGACUGCGGUUCCCCGGAGAAGCUGCAAAGAUCUACCGUGAACACUUGGACUGGCAUUUCCGUAAGAACCGUCGAGAGAAGGACGGCAGAAGAGUGGCACACAGACAGUGGUUUUACACUGUCAAGGACUGGCUGAAUUAUGAGGAGAUUUCUGAUCCAGAGGAGAGAGCUCGAAGCUCCUUCUUUGAUGUUAAUAUGGGGGCAGUGGAUUCUCCUACUCCUCUGAAGGAGAGUAAGGAAGCAGUCGGAGAGGGCAGCUGUCCUGUGCUUAGUGGUGACACUGAAGCUGAAGCGGAAUGUGACAUUUGUUGCGAGAAGUUUGAGCAGUUCUGGGAGGAGACUAACGAAGAGUGGCAUUAUAAGGCAGCUGUGCGCAUUGAUGGCAAGACUUACCAUUACCUUUGCUAUCAAGAUGUUAAAGAGAACCAAGUGCAUACAGAAGAAGAUGAUAAUGACGAGGACGAGAAAGACGAGGAGAAAAUGGGCGUAGAUGUGGAAGAAAAAUCUCCGGAAGAGGGUGAAGCCAAAACAGAGGUCAAAGACGAGGGAGGUAACGAGGAUGAACCGGAGAUUCCGGCAACGAAGGAGGCGAGCGAAAUCAAACCGUUAGAAGAAGAAAAAAAGACUGAUAAAUCAGAUGCAGAGUCUUCCGACAAAGACUCGUGUAAGGUAGAGCGCGUGCUUAGUGUGUCUAGUAAUGCUAUUGACAAUAAAGAAAAUGAAACAAAGGGUGAUGAUAAAUAGUCACUCUGUUGCGGGGCAUUGCCGUGAUCGUUCCGUCCGUCAAUAGCCUGUUCAAACUGCCACUAACGAUCAAACUCCGGCAAAAUCACAUAGGUUAUUCUGUUGUUUAUCAAUCAACCUCCCUUGUCCGUCACUGAUUUUUUUUUUUUUUUUGGUGAGCUCAACUUGGUAGCAUAAUAUUUUAUUCCUGGCUUGGGACACUGACUGAGUGGUUCGAGUUGAUCGUGAUCUGGCUUGAUUUGAAUUUUUGGGAGAAAAAUGAGUGAAAUGAAUGUCAUAGAUUUAAUUGGUUAUUGUAUUAUAAAUGUGCACCUUCCGAAAUGUUUUAGUUUUAGUUCCCUUUUUCUUGCUUAACAAUCGAAAACCUCGUAAGGUUUCGCUGAUUGCCUUGGACCAAUUUCUUUGAUCCCUUUGAAGCGAUUCUUGCGCGCCUCGACAGCUUUAGCAACACUACUUUUAUCGCGGAACGCCCAUGAUCAGAAAUAUUCGAAAUCGAUCAAGAGUUCGUGGUCUUUCGGAUAGAAUGAAAGCAGUUUGAUCAGGAGUCCUUGAGCGUACUCAAGGAUGAGAAAAUCCCUGAAAGGGAUAAUUAUCCAUUAGCAGUGUGAACUACUGCUCCGAUGUACAAUCCCUCGAAACAGAGGAAAUAAAGAAAUUCUCAACUUGUAUUGAAGUGUGAUUUUAUUAUAGAGUAACAUUAAACUCUCUGAAAAUAAGUAAUGAAGAUCGAAGUUUUCUCUACAAGGAAAGUUCAUAGAGUUGUAAUUGGUCUACACUUGCUACGUGAACUCGUGAAAUGUUUUCAAACAAGAUGUGAUGCAGGCACAAACGGUACAUAUAGCUUGCGAGUUCUACGUGCUCGUGCAAGGAACACAUGCAUUUUCCACGCGCGUAGGCUCUAACUUAGUGUGCUGUAUCUGCCCCUACCUCGCUCUGCAGACUACAGACUUAGCCACUUUUACGCGUUAAACCUUGUUUUAGAACAUGAACUUUGCUGUAACGAUUUUCCAGUAUUUGAUGGAUCCUUAUGUACACUUGACCUCGAUGCAAUGAAGAAUAAAACAUUUUGAACGCAA